AUGAAGACUGCCUUUAGAUGCCUGACCAAGGAGCCGGCAGCGUGCGCCAUGAACCCGGAGCUGAGCAUGGACAGCAUGGGCGGUCUGCACGGCGGGAGCAGCCAUGAGCAGGAUGCCAUGAACAGCCACAGCCCCCACCAUCACCACCGCAGGAUCCACCACCACCACCAGGAGCGCUCCGCCAUGGUCUCCAGCAUGGCCUCCAUCCUGGACGGGGCCGGGGACUACCGGCCGGAGCUGUCCAUCCCCCUGCACCACGCCAUGAGCAUGCCCUGCGACACCUCGCCCCCCGGCAUGGGCAUGAGCAGCACCUACACCACCCUGACCCCGCUGCAGCCACUGCCGCCCAUCUCCACCGUGUCAGACAAGUUCCACCACCACCACCACCCGCACCACCACCACCACCACCACCAGCGGCUCUCCGCCAACGUCAGUGGCUCCUUCACCCUCAUGAGGGAUGACAGGGGGAUCCCGGGCAUGAACAACCUGUACAGCCCUUACAAGGACAUGACUGGCAUGGGGCAGAGCUUGUCCCCCCUCACGGGCUCCCCGCUGGGGAAUGGUCUGGGGUCCAUCCACAACACCCAACAAAGUCUCCAUAACUAUGGACCUCCUGGCCAUGAGAAGAUGCUCAGUCCAAAUUUUGAUGCCCACCACACUGCCAUGCUGGCAAGGGGGGACCAGCACCUCUCCAGGGGUCUGGGGACCCCCCCUGCCUCCAUGAUGUCUCACAUCAAUGGGAUGCACCACCCUGGGCACCCUGGCCAUGCUCAAUCUCACGGGCCUGUGUUGUCCUCCAACCGUGAAAGGCCACCCUCCUCCUCCUCUGGAUCUCAGAUGAACACCUCUGGACAGCUGGAAGAGAUCAACACCAAAGAAGUUGCUCAGAGGAUCACUGCAGAGCUGAAAAGAUACAGUAUCCCCCAGGCUAUCUUUGCCCAGAGGGUGCUGUGUCGGUCACAGGGUACCCUUUCAGACCUACUAAGGAACCCAAAACCUUGGAGUAAACUGAAAUCUGGGAGGGAGACCUUCAGGAGAAUGUGGAAAUGGUUACAAGAGCCUGAGUUCCAGAGGAUGUCAGCACUCAGGCUAGCAGCUUGUAAACGCAAGGAACAAGAACCUAACAAAGACAGAAACAACAGUCAGAAGAAAUCCCGCCUAGUUUUCACUGACCUCCAACGUAGAACGCUAUUUGCCAUCUUCAAAGAGAACAAGCGCCCAUCCAAAGAAAUGCAGAUUACCAUCUCCCAGCAAUUGGGCUUGGAAAUCACCACUGUCAGUAACUUCUUCAUGAAUGCCAGGAGGCGAAGCCUGGAGAAGUGGCAGGACGAUUUAAGUACGGGGGGAAGCUCCUCAAACUCCAGCACUUGUACCAAAGCAUGAGGGCAAACAAAGGCUUCUAAGUGGGGCACAACUCAACUGUAACCAAA